CCUCCUCCUGCCUGCUCGCUCCCUUGCCUGCUCCUGCUCCUCCUUCUCCUCCUCCUCCUCCUCCUCCUCCUGCUGCUGCUGCUGCUGCUCCCGCUCCUCCCGUUCCCCUCCAUGCCUGUCCUCCCUCCUGCACUCCUGAAGAUAGACGCGCCAGCCCCACGCCUCUGAAAAGGCAGCGCCUAAACCCUUAGGAAAUUUCGCUGGGACCGCUGCUGCUGCUGCUACUGCUGCAAGCUGCAAGCUGCAGGCUCCGGCUUGAGCUCAGGGGGACGAACCCGGCAGAUUCCUGCAUCCUUAGAAAAGAAGCCCCUAGAAACCAAGAUGCAUCGCCAAGAACCAAGCAAUUGAUCUGUUGUUUUAGCUGGCUUGGCAGAGGCGGAGAGGUGUUAUGCUUUGCACAUAUCUCAAGGCUUCUGGCUAGUUCACAGUUUCUGGGAGGGGAAAAAAAAUCAAAACGAAGGCUCGAAAUCCAGCCUGAAGCCCUGCACAAGGAAUUCAGUUGUGGAAAUCCGGAUUUGACCAGCAGCAAGGAGCAGUGGGGCCUCUUGGGGAGUUAUUGUGGGUGAAGUGAGUGCUUGGCUAAACAGAAAGAAGCCAGGCACCCCUUUCUCACUUUUGGUUAUCUGGAGGAGCAUUCCCAAGCAUCCGAGGAUCCUAAUUCAGUGCCGGCCAGCCUUGGCUCGGUCCUGACUCACUUUCCUUGACCCUGGCUUCCCUUGGCACAGUGGGAAUCUGGCUGAGGAUGGUCGCGAAGCAUCGGACACCACCAAGGCCCUCCCUUUAGCUCCGUGGCCACGCAUGGAUCAGUGACUCGACCUUGGCCCACGGCACUGCCCUUUCCAAACCCAGAGCGUCAGCCUCUUUCAAAGUGUCUCCUCUCUUUGCUCUGGGCGUUCUGAGGCUGCCCUGCGCCCCUGCGCCCGAGGGGACCUGGGAGAGAGGACGGGCCGGUUGGAGGAAGAAAAAGAAGAAGAAGAAGAAGAAAAGGCGGAGGAGGAAAGAGACCUGGCGGACUAAAGGAGGGGGUGUCCUUCCAGCUCCUGCCAUCCGGUCCCUCCUGGCCCUGGCUGCAUCCGGCGGCGGCGGCGGCGGGGCCCUGCCUUUCCAUCUUCUCCCGGGUCCCCGCACCACCGCCGUGACGCUGUCGGCCCCGGUGUCCCCGCGCCGCGCCCCUGCCCCGAGCAUGGGGACGGCCUUGCUGCAGCGCGGGGGCUGUGUGGUCCUGUGCCUGGCGCUGCUGCUAGGCUGCUGGGCCGAGCUGGGCACCGGUCUGGAGUUCCCGGGCACCGAGGGCCAGUGGACGCGCUUCCCCAAGUGGAACGCGUGCUGCGAGAGCGAGCUGAGCUUCCAGCUCAAGACGCGCAGCGCGCGCGGGUUGCUGCUCUACUUCGACGACGAGGGCUUCUGCGACUUCCUCGAGCUCAUCCUGACUCGGGGCGGCCGCCUGCAGCUCAGCUUCUCCAUCUUCUGCGCCGAGCCCGCCACGCUGCUGGCCGAGCCGCCGCUCAACGACGGCGCCUGGCACCAUGUGCGCCUGGGUCGCCGGUUCCGCAACACCACGCUGCGCAUCGACGGCGCCCAGGCCCAGUGGGUGGAGGUGCGCUCCAAGCGGCGGGACAUGACGGUCUUCAGCGGCCUCUUCAUCGGGGGGCUGCCCCCCGAGCUGCGUGCUGCUGCGCUCAAGCUCACCCUGGCUUCCGUGCUGGAGCGAGAGCCGUUCCGGGGCUGGAUCCGGGAUGUGCGUGUUAAUGCCACCCCCGCGCAGCCCGUGGGCAGCAGCGCCGAUGUGCGGCUGGACGACGAAGACGAGGCACCACCGCACAGUGGGGCCGGAGGAGGAGGAGGAGGAGGUGAUGCAGAAGGAGGAGGAGGAGGUGGAGGCGAUGGAGAAGGAGGAGGUGGAGGUGGCGAUGGAGGAGGAGGAGGAGAAGGAGAAGGAGGUGGAGGAGGCCCCUGCGAUGCAUCCCAGGACGGUGGCGUGUGCCUCAACGGUGGAGUGUGCUCUGUAGUGGACGACCAGGCCGUGUGUGAUUGCUCCAAGACCGGCUUCCGCGGCAAGGACUGCAGCCAAGAAGACAACAAUGUGGAAGGUCUGGCGCACCUGAUGAUGGGCGACCAAGGAAAAGAAGAAUACAUUGCCACAUUCAAGGGAUCUGAAUACUUCUGCUACGACUUGUCUCAGAACCCCAUUCAAAGCAGCAGCGAUGAAAUAACUCUAUCCUUUAAAACUCUUCAGAGAAAUGGACUGAUGCUUCACACUGGAAAAUCGGCCGAUUAUGUCAAUCUUGCCUUGAAAAAUGGAGCUGUCUCUCUGGUCAUUAAUUUGGGAUCAGGGGCCUUUGAAGCACUAGUGGAGCCCGUGAAUGGAAAGUUUAAUGAUAAUGCCUGGCAUGAUGUGAAGGUCACCAGGAAUCUGCGUCAGCACUCAGGCAUUGGACACGCUAUGGUGACAAUCUCAGUGGACGGGAUUCUUACCACCACGGGCUACACGCAAGAAGAUUAUACCAUGCUGGGGUCUGAUGACUUUUUCUAUGUUGGAGGCAGCCCCAGCACAGCUGACCUGCCUGGGUCCCCGGUCAGUAACAACUUUAUGGGCUGUCUCAAGGAGGUGGUUUAUAAAAAUAAUGAUGUGAGACUGGAAUUAUCUCGACUUGCCAAGCAAGGAGACCCGAAGAUGAAAAUCCAUGGGGUGGUGGCGUUUAAAUGUGAGAAUGUUGCAACUCUGGACCCUAUUACCUUUGAAACCCCUGAGUCUUUCAUCUCUUUGCCUAAAUGGAAUGCUAAGAAAACAGGCUCCAUUUCCUUUGACUUCCGCACCACAGAGCCCAAUGGCCUCAUCUUAUUUAGCCAUGGCAAACCAAGGCACCAAAAAGAUGCCAAGCACCCACAAAUGAUAAAAGUUGACUUCUUUGCUAUUGAGAUGCUGGAUGGCCACCUCUACCUCCUCCUGGACAUGGGAUCAGGUACCAUCAAAAUUAAAGCUCUGCAGAAGAAGGUGAAUGAUGGAGAAUGGUAUCACGUGGACUUCCAAAGAGACGGACGGUCAGGUACCAUUUCUGUCAAUACCCUGCGUACCCCCUACACUGCUCCUGGGGAGAGUGAGAUCUUGGACCUGGACGAUGAGCUGUACCUGGGAGGGCUGCCAGAGAACAAAGCCGGCCUUGUCUUCCCCACUGAAGUGUGGACUGCGCUGCUCAACUAUGGCUAUGUGGGCUGCAUCCGGGAUUUGUUCAUUGAUGGUCAGAGCAAAGAUAUUCGGCAAAUGGCUGAAGUCCAGAGCACUGCUGGGGUGAAGCCAUCGUGUUCAAGGGAGACCGCAAAGCCGUGCCUUAGCAACCCAUGCAAAAACAAUGGCAUGUGCAGGGAUGGGUGGAAUAGAUAUGUCUGCGAUUGUUCUGGAACAGGCUACCUUGGCCGGUCCUGUGAGAGAGAAGCAACAGUUCUGAGCUAUGAUGGGAGCAUGUUCAUGAAGAUCCAGCUCCCGGUGGUGAUGCAUACCGAGGCUGAAGAUGUGUCCUUGCGCUUCCGUUCCCAGCGUGCAUAUGGCAUCCUUAUGGCCACCACCUCCAGGGACUCGGCCGACACCCUCCGGCUGGAGCUGGAUGCUGGGCGUGUCAAACUGACGGUCAACCUAGAUUGUAUCAGGAUUAACUGUAAUUCCAGCAAAGGUCCAGAGACUCUUUUUGCUGGCUAUAACCUCAAUGAUAAUGAAUGGCACACUGUGCGUGUGGUUCGUCGAGGAAAGAGCUUGAAGCUAACCGUGGAUGAUCAACAGGCUAUGACAGGUCAAAUGGCAGGUGAUCAUACAAGGUUGGAGUUUCAUAAUAUCGAGACUGGCAUCAUCACAGAACGCCGAUAUUUGUCUUCUGUUCCAUCCAAUUUUAUUGGACACUUGCAGAGUCUAACGUUCAAUGGAAUGGCAUACAUUGACUUGUGUAAAAAUGGCGACAUUGAUUAUUGUGAACUCAAUGCCAGAUUUGGCUUCAGGAACAUCAUAGCAGACCCUGUCACCUUCAAGACCAAAUCCAGCUAUGUUGCCUUAGCUACAUUGCAAGCCUACACCUCUAUGCACCUUUUUUUCCAGUUCAAGACCACAUCUCUGGAUGGACUAAUUCUGUACAACAGUGGGGAUGGCAAUGAUUUUAUUGUAGUUGAAUUAGUUAAAGGGUACUUGCAUUACGUGUUUGAUUUGGGGAAUGGUGCUAACCUCAUCAAAGGAAGCUCAAACAAACCGCUCAAUGACAAUCAGUGGCACAAUGUCAUGAUCUCCAGGGACACCAGCAAUCUGCACACCGUCAAGAUCGACACGAAAACUACCACCCAGAUCACCGCAGGAGCCAGAAACCUAGACCUCAAGAGUGACUUGUAUAUCGGAGGUGUCGCCAAAGAAACAUACAAAUCCCUGCCCAAACUUGUGCAUGCCAAGGAGGGUUUUCAGGGCUGCCUGGCAUCAGUCGACUUGAAUGGGCGCCUUCCAGACCUCAUCUCGGAUGCUCUUUUCUGCAAUGGCCAAAUUGAGAGAGGAUGUGAAGGACCCAGCACAACUUGCCAAGAGGACUCUUGCUCAAACCAGGGUGUGUGCUUGCAGCAAUGGGAUGGCUUCAGCUGUGACUGCAGUAUGACCUCCUUCAGUGGGCCUCUGUGCAAUGACCCUGGGACAACGUAUAUCUUUAGCAAAGGUGGUGGACAAAUUACAUAUAAGUGGCCUCCUAAUGACCGUCCAAGUACGCGAGCAGACAGAUUGGCCAUUGGGUUUAGCACUGUUCAGAAAGAAGCUGUUUUGGUGCGAGUGGACAGUUCUUCAGGCCUGGGGGAUUACCUUGAGCUGCAUAUACACCAAGGGAAAAUUGGAGUAAAAUUUAAUGUUGGGACGGAUGACAUCGCCAUUGAAGAGUCCAAUGCGAUCAUUAAUGAUGGAAAAUACCAUGUAGUGCGUUUCACGAGGAGUGGUGGCAAUGCUACCCUCCAGGUGGACAGCUGGCCUGUGAUCGAGCGCUACCCUGCAGAAUAUGCCAAUGGUGAACAACAGGAGGAGAAAAGAAGUCGAUCAAGAAACAAUGAUAACGAGCGCCUGGCGAUUGCUAGACAGCGAAUUCCAUAUCGACUUGGUCGAGUAGUUGAUGAAUGGCUACUCGACAAAGGGCGUCAGCUCACAAUCUUCAAUAGCCAAGCCACCAUAAUAAUUGGCGGGAAGGAACAGGGCCAGCCUUUCCAGGGCCAGCUCUCUGGGCUCUACUACAAUGGCUUGAAAGUUCUGAAUAUGGCAGCCGAAAAUGAUGCCAACAUCAUCAUAGUGGGCAAUGUGAGACUGGUCGGUGAAGUGCCUUCCUCUAUGACCACUGAGUCGACAGCUACUGCCAUGCAAUCCGAGAUGUCCACCUCGAUUAUGGAGACCACCACGACCCUGGCAACCAGCACAGCUAGAAGAGGAAAACCUCCGACGAAAGAACCCAUCAGCCAGACGACAGAUGACAUCCUUGUAGCCUCUGCAGAGUGUCCCAGUGACGAUGAGGACAUUGACCCCUGUGAGCCGAGCUCAGGUGGGUUAGCAAACCCAACCCGAGCUGGUGGGCGAGAACCCUACCCAGGACCAGCUGAAGUUAUUCGGGAGUCCAGUAGCACCACGGGCAUGGUGGUGGGCAUCGUGGCUGCAGCCGCCCUGUGCAUUCUCAUCCUGCUCUAUGCCAUGUACAAAUACAGAAAUCGGGAUGAAGGCUCCUACCAUGUAGACGAGAGCAGAAACUACAUCAGUAACUCAGCACAGUCCAAUGGGACUGUUGUCAAAGAAAAACAGCCCAGCAGUGCGAAAAGCGCCAACAAAAACAAGAAAAACAAGGAUAAAGAGUAUUACGUCUGAUCCGGAGGUCUUCAGAGGACCCUUAUAUAGAAAUAGUCUUCAUUUUUCUCUGAGACAUAAUAGAAACUUAUUUACUUUCCUUUUUACGAAGCACAUACAAAAAGAAGACAGGGAAUGCAAUCAGGAAAGAAAGACUUUUUACAAAACAAACAAAAAUACA